CGGGGCGGGGGCGCGGCCCCUUUAAGAGCGGCGCCGCCAUGAUCUGCUUGGUGCUGGGGCUGUUCGCCGGCCUCUUCCAGAGCGCCUGUAGCGGGGUCAACGAGCGCACCUUCGUGGCCAUCAAACCGGACGGGGUCCAGCGGCACCUGGUCGGGGAGAUCAUCCGGCGGUUCGAGAGGAAGGGCCUGCAGCUGGUGGGGCUGAAGCUCCUGCAGGCCUCAGAGGAGCUGCUGAAAGAGCACUACAUCGCCCUUCGUGAUCGUCCCUUCUACAGCCGGCUGGUGAAGUACAUGAGCUCUGGGCCUGUGGUGGCCAUGGUCUGGCAGGGCCUGGAUGUGGUCAAGACAGUUCGCACAAUGAUUGGGGAGACUAACCCAGCUGAAUCCAGGCCUGGCACCAUCCGAGGAGACUUCUGCGUUGAAGUCAGCAAGAAUGUGAUCCAUGGCAGUGACUCAGUUGAGAGUGCCCAGCAGGAAAUCUCCCUCUGGUUCCACCCGGAGGAGCUGACUUGCUGGGAGGACACGGCCGAGCACUGGAUCUACGCGUGAGAAGAGCAGCCUGAGGGAAGUACGUCUUCCUGACUGGGCACAGGGUUUUUCCAUCCAUUUCAUUGCAGCUGCUUGGGCUGGCUGUGGAUCCUGGUGCGGUGUCGCGUGCUUUGGGGGUUUCUGUUCUGUGGGUGGGUGGAGGGGUGCUGGUCUGUGUAUGUAACUCUGUGGCUCAGCUCCCUGCAAGAGUAGCUGUUUCUUUUUUUCUUCUCUCUGCUGUAAUAAGUAGGUAGUUGGUAUUGUUGCUUUGUUUGCUGCAGUAUCUUAAAUACCAAAUAGCUCAAGGCGAUUUAUUGAAGUGAAAACUGGGCUCUAUGCCCAUUCCUGUGUGUUCUCAGACCUGCCUGGCACAGGAGAAUGUGUGCUCCUUGCUGCUGGGAGAGGUGCUUUGGUCGCUACAAGGUGAUGUGAUAGAUGUCAUCUACCUGCAUUUCUGUAAGGUUCUUCACCAAAGGCUUUUAAAGAAUUAGGGCGCUAUGCGGUAAGGAGGAAAGUUUCCCCCCGGGGUAAGAGCUUGUUGCAAGACAAGGAAUGAAGGACAGGACAAAUAGCUUGCUUUCCCUUGGUGGGAUCUUUGUGUGCCAGGGCUGCUACAAGUUUACCCAGCUUCAGAUGUGAUUAGUGAGUCCAUGGAAGGAAGAUUCACCAAAUGCUGUUAAACACACAGUUUGUCUGGCUCUGGUUCCUGGCUGCAGGUGCUGGGAGCAGGGAAGCAGCUUCUCCAGGUCUGCUUUGGUUCUCUGCGGGCCUCCGAUGCUGGCUGCAUGGCUGCUGGCCUGACCCAGCACAGUUGGUCUCAUGCUGUCCCUCCAUGGUGACUGACACACGCUAGUGAAGCAGCAGCACUGCACAAACCACAGAAGUAGAAGGGGGAGAGUGAGGUGGGGAAGGAUCUGUAGAUUUGGGGCUCAGGAAGGACUGGGAGGGCUAUUUAGUCCUCUCUCAUGUGCAGUGCAGGCUGUGGAGUCCUGGCACCAAGCUCUGGGAGAUCCUGAGAUCUUCCUUGUCUGAUGGUGGAGCUUCCCUGCCAAGAGGGUUUCUGGAAACCCAGUUUGUAAUAGGUUGGACGCCUUGAACCUGCUGUGAACUCUCCCUGGAACAUCAAACUCCUCUGAGCUGUGUUGAGUCCGAGCUCCCUGCACAGCCUUGCUGGAACAUAAGGGCAGGGACAGUGACAGCGACAUGGCACCCUGCUGUGGAAUGGGGGCAUGGUUAAACCCAGGGAAUGAGGUCCCCUGGGGCUUUCCUGCAUGUAGGGUGUGGUGUUCUCUCUCCCUCUCUC